UACAGGAUGGAGCAGCACACCUCUCUCUACAUGCUCCUCUGCACCUCUCUGAGCAUCAGUCCUGACAGAUCUCAGUUCUUUGAAUAUGAGUCUGUCUCUCUGAGCUGUGAGGUUCAGAGGGGCUCUACUGGAUGGAGAGUGGUGAGGAACACACUGAAAGGAGGGACUGAAGAGUGUCCCACUGACUGGGGAUUUUUUAAAGGGUCUUCAUGCACCAUAUCAGCAGUACCAUCAGACAGUGGAGUGUACUGGUGUGAGUCUGGGUCUGGAGAACACAGCAAUGCUGUUAACAUCACAGUACAUGAUGGGGCUGUGAUCCUGGAGAGCCCUGCCAUUCCUGUGACUGAGGGAUAUUUUGUGACUCUGCGCUGCGUAUAUGAAGAUAAGAAAACAAAGAAAACAUCCUCAAACUUCAGAGCUGAUUUCCAUAAUGAUGGAUCCCUCAUCAUGACCAACACUACAGGGGAGAUGACCAUCCCUGCAGUAUCCAAGUCAGAUGAAGGGCUCUACAAGUGCAACAACCCUAAAGGAGAAUCACCAGAGAGCUGGAUGACUGUGACAGUUCCAUCUUCAGCUCCAGGGCCAGCCCCAUCUCCAGCAGUCCCAGUGUGGUCCAUCUCUCUGCCCAGGCUGCUGUGUAGUCUAUUAGUAGUGUCUCCUUACCUGCUGGUGACCAUCAUACUGGUAGUGAAAUGCAACAGCCGCAGAAGCAUGGCUCGAGCUCAAUCUGAUGAAGAGAAGAAAAGAUGUACUGUCAUCACAUAAUCAGGAUGGAAUGUUACGCAACAACAUACUUUAUGGGAACCAUGUUAAUAUGGUAACAUCGGUGAACAUUGUUAAAGAGAAGAGUAACCAUGUCAUUGUUGUUGUGUUGGAGUACACACACUACUGUAGGCCCAUGUUCUGAGUCUGUGUCAUGCUCCAUGUAGCGAGAGAGAGAGAGAGAGAGAGAGAGAGAGAGAGAGAGAGAGAGAGAGAGAGAGAGAGAGAGAGAGAGAGA